GCAACCUGGACCCACGGCUGUAUACUUGAGUCUGAAUAAUGAUUCCAGAGCAGAAUGUUUCCAUCUCCAACAGAGAAACAGAAUCCUGGACUCACUACUGAGGGAUCCUGCCAGCUGCUGGCUCCAAAGUUGGCUUUGGCUCUGGAUUAGAUCUGUGUAAAUUGGGGCCCAGGCUCCUCAGUCAGCAGCUUAUAUUGAUUGCAGGCUUCUUUUGUCUCCUCCUCUCCAGUGGAAGCCUCUCCCCCUCUCCUCUUCUGCCUCUCAGCCUCUUCCGCUUUGCUGCUUUGCUUCUAAUGAAUUGAAAUCUCCGAGAGAGCCGCCAAGACUCUGGUAGUUUUACAAUACUGUCCUUGCUCUUUUUUGCCUUUGCCUAGUCAAGGGUAUCUUUGCCUGAGGUCAGGGUGAUGCUGUUAGUCCCGGUGAUGAUUGCAUAGCAACACAGAGCAGCUCUGAGAGAAGAGGAGGAGAAAGAGGAGGGCAGGGAGGUGGAGGAGACGGAACGGGAGCGAGAGUGUGCAUACAGCAGCUGUCGGCAUUCCUGUCUCAGGGACUUCUUUGCUGAUUCACAGAGGCAGCCCAGUCGGGCCUCUCAGCUCCCAAUUGCUGCCUGCUUCCCAGACCUGGAGGAAUCCGAAGGUGCUUAUUCUCAACAGUUGGUGUGCUUCCCAUCCUCACCCGCCCAUGAACCUUGGUUCUGAUGCAACCUAUGGUCAUGCAGGGAUGCCCUUAUACCCUUCCACGAUGUCAUGAGUGGCGAGCAGCAGGUCAAUUCCGUCACAGCAGUAGCCUCCGAAACGCCUGCCCCCAGCCUCAGGUUAGAACUGCUGCCACUGCCCCUACGCCUCCUCAGGAUGGUGCUGGGGUUCCCUGCCUAAGUCCAAAGCUGUUCAGAGUGUCUCUUGGUGCAGCCGGACCUCUGGAACCACCAGCCAUGAAUCUGUGUUGGAAUGAAAUUAAAAAGAAGUCGCACAACCUCCGAGCUCGACUAGAGGCCUUCUCAGACCACAGUGGAAAGCUUCAACUCCCGCUCCAAGAGAUCAUUGACUGGCUCAGCCAAAAGGAUGAGGAAUUAUCAGCACAGCUGCCCCUACGAGGUGAUGUGGCCCUGGUGCAACAGGAGAAGGAGAUUCACACGGCCUUUAUGGAAGAUGUCAAGUCUCGAGGUCCUUAUAUCUAUUCGGUGCUAGAGUCAGCUCAGGCCUUCCUGUCCCAGCAUCCAUUUGAGGAAUUGGAGGAAUCUCAUUCUGAGUACAAAGAUACCUCUCCCAGACAGCGGAUACAGAAUCUUAGCCGCUUUGUGUGGAAGCAGGCAACAGUGGCUAGUGAGCUAUGGGAGAAGCUGACAGCCCGCUGUGUGGACCAACACCGCCACAUUGAGCGCACACUGGAGCAACUGUUGGAGAUCCAAGGGGCGAUGGAAGAAUUAAGAGCUACCCUGUCUCAGACCGAGGAAGUGCGAGGCACUUGGGAGCCCAUUGGGGAUCUUUUUAUUGAUUCUCUCCCAGAGCACAUCCAGGCUGUUAAGUUAUUCAAAGAAGAAUUCUCCCCCAUAAAAGAUGGAGUGAAGCUAGUGAAUGAUCUGGCCCAUCAGCUUGCCAUUUCUGAUGUGCACUUGUCAAUGGAAAACUCCCAGGCCCUGGAACAGAUCAACGUCCGAUGGAAACAGUUGCAGGUGUCAGUCGCUGAAAGGCUCAAACAGCUCCAGGAUGCUCAUCGGGACUUUGGGCCCGGGUCACAGCACUUCCUCUCCUCCUCUGUCCAGAUUCCCUGGGAAAGAGCAAUUUCACCCAAUAAAGUACCCUACUACAUCAACCACCAGGCUCAGACCACAUGCUGGGACCAUCCCAAGAUGACAGAGUUAUACCAAACCCUAGCUGAUCUAAACAACAUUAAGUUCUCAGCUUACCGCACGGCCAUGAAGCUACGUAGAGUCCAGAAGGCACUGCGCUUGGACUUGGUAACUUUAACCACAGCCCUGGAGAUCUUCAGUGAGCAUGAUCUGCAGGCCAGUGAGCAUGUGAUGGAUGUGGUGGAGGUAAUUCAUUGUCUGACUGCCUUAUAUGAACGACUAGAAGAGGAAAGAGGCAUCCUGGUCAAUGUGCCACUCUGUGUGGACAUGAGCCUCAACUGGCUUCUCAAUGUUUUUGACAGUGGUCGCAGUGGAAAGAUGCGAGCAUUGUCCUUUAAGACUGGCAUUGCAUGCUUGUGUGGCACAGAAGUGAAGGAAAAACUACAGUAUCUCUUCAGCCAAGUAGCCAACUCAGGAAGCCAGUGUGACCAGCGUCAUCUUGGUGUCCUGCUUCAUGAGGCCAUUCAGGUGCCCCGUCAACUGGGGGAAGUGGCAGCCUUUGGAGGCAGCAAUGUGGAGCCCAGUGUCCGCAGUUGCUUCCGUUUUAGUACUGGGAAGCCAGUCAUUGAUGCAUCGCAGUUCCUGGAGUGGGUCAACUUGGAGCCUCAGUCCAUGGUGUGGCUGGCUGUUCUACAUCGGGUGACAAUUGCUGAGCAAGUGAAGCAUCAGACCAAGUGCUCUAUCUGUAGGCAGUGCCCCAUUAAGGGCUUCAGGUAUCGGAGUUUGAAACAAUUUAAUGUGGACAUCUGCCAGACUUGCUUCUUGACAGGCCGCGCUAGCAAAGGCAACAAGCUACACUACCCCAUCAUGGAGUAUUAUACCCCGACUACAUCCAGUGAGAACAUGAGGGAUUUUGCCACAACCUUAAAGAACAAAUUUCGCUCAAAAAAUUAUUUCAGCAAACAUCCUCAGCGUGGUUAUCUGCCUGUGCAAUCAGUACUAGAGGCUGACUACAGUGAAACGCCAGCUUCUUCUCCAAUGUUACCACAUGCUGACACACAUUCCCGUAUUGAGCAUUUCGCCAGCAGACUUGCUGAAAUGGAAAUUCAAAAUUGCUCCUUCUUUAAUGACAGCCUGUCCCCAGAUGAUAGCAUAGAUGAGGACCAGUACCUGCUGCGGCACUCCAGCCCCAUUACAGACCGGGAGCCAGCCUUUGGACAGGAGGCUCCAUGCAACAUGGCCAGAGAAAGCAAGGGGGAGCUUGAGAAGAUCCUGGCCCACUUAGAGGAUGAGAACCGGAUUCUACAGGGAGAGCUGAGGCGUCUGAAAUGGCAACAUGAGGAGGCUGCUGAGGCCCCUACCCUGGCUGAGGGCUCUGCUGAUGUGGCACAGGACCACCGCAACGAGGAACUUCUGGCAGAAGCCCGAAUCCUUCGGCAGCACAAGAGCCGCCUGGAGACACGCAUGCAGAUCCUAGAAGACCACAACAAGCAACUAGAGUCCCAGUUGCAGCGCUUAAGAGAACUUCUCCUGCAGCCACCCACCGAAUCAGAUGGCAAUGGCUCUGCAGGAUCAUCGCUAACUUCUUCUCCACAGCAGUCAGAAGGAAGUCACCCCCAGGAGAAAGGACAGACUACUCCAGACACAGAGGCUGCAGAUGAUGUGGGAUCAAAGAGUCAAGACGUCAGUCUGUGCUUGGAGGACAUCAUGGAGAAGCUCCGCCAUGCCUUCCCCAGUGUGAGAAGCUCGGAUGUGACUGCCAACACUCUGCUAGCCUCUUGAUGGGGCCAGUCCCCCACCCAUAUUGUAGCCCACCAUCCUCUCCCCUUUCUGAUCAAAGCCUUCCCUCAGCCUUCACCCAACCUUUCCAGUCCCCACUGCCUCCCCCCCACAUUUCUCAUCCAGAGUUACUUGAGCUUCCGGCAGCAGAGAGAUCUGGUGGGACAUGAAGUGGGUGAGUGGGAGCUGGAGGUGGGAGAGGAAUGAUUCCUCUGAGUCUAGAAAUCACAUCCCCCAUUAAUCUUCAAGUUUAAGCCUGGCCCCUUCCGCAUACGUCUGUGCCAGCGCAGGCAAAUAUCACUUGGAAGUCCUUCAGAGGGGGAAGCAGACAAGCUGCCCUGUGAUGUGAAGCAGUGCCAAUGUGGUGUCUCCCUAUUCCGUGAUUGUAGCAUUAACCACAGACAUUGGCCUGCUCCCUGGCCCAAGUCAGAGAGGCGAAAUGGUAUUUCCAAGACACCCCCACUCUAAAAGUGCCCCUGCAAAAGCCCAUCAUUACUUCAACUCCAGGCUAUACUUCUAUCCAUAGUGAACUACCUGGAUGUCUACCCCAUAAAUAGCUUCAGGACCUCAGGGCCUGGGAGACCUUCUUCAAGAAAAGAACCACUCAUUCUGACUUUCCCUUCCACCCUCCAACCGGGAACAUUAAAGAAAAACUUCUGAGCUUAUAUUUUUGCCUAACACCACACCCCAGCUUUUUCUUUCCUAGACAUCAGCUUCUGGAGAGACCAGCUGAGCAUCUGGGGAAACUGGCUAAAGCCACACGUGGCUCUUUUGGCUCUUCAGAGGUCUGUGCUGGGAGUCCUGGGAGCAGGGCGGCUUGUUCAACACAGAAGUCUCUCCUUAGGAGAGGGAAGGGAAGCCACCCUGUAACUUAGAGAAGGGUGACCACCCAACCCCUUGCUUUCUGUAAUUCUUUUUUCUCUUGGUUGAAUCAGAUGAGCUGUUGAGUGUCCCCAGCAAAGCGUAAGGCAGAUGCAUUCAGCCCCCCUGAUCGGUGUCCUUUUUCAAGUGACUGCUUUCCACCCAGAAAAUAGCAAGAUCUUCCUUUGCAUAAAACUGGUCUUUCUGGAGCUGUAGUGCUAGCACGGUGGGUAAGGAGCUUGCUUCGCAUACAGUCAACACACAUUCAAUCCCUGGCACCUCUUGUCUCCCAAGCCCCACCAGGAGCAACCACUAAGCAUUGCUGGGCAGGGUCCCCAAACAAACACAAAACCCUGGUCUUUCUAACUAUAGAAGGUGAACCCCAUUCUCAAACUAAACUAACUCUUCCUAGGCCUAGGCCUGAAUUCUUGUAUCCAAAAAAACAUUCAGUGUAGAUAGUGAGGGGCAGCAGGGCCGGGCUGAGGAAUACUGGACAGAGUUAAAGCCCGCUUAGGCCACUUUCUAUCAAUAGGAGCUUCAUAACCUAGAGCCAUAUCAUUGACCUAUUUUGUCUAAGUUUAUAUACAUAUAUAGCUACUGUAUAUCAGUACUCUCCUGGCCUCACUCACACAUUAAAUUCUAAUACCUCUUGAAGAAUUAAUGUUCUGCCUUCAUCUUUGUUAGCCCCAGUCCCCGGUUGGACAGGUAGAUGUAUCCUGCCCUCUAAUCCCCUAAGAUGUCUUUCCAUUCAUGUUUGGGGCGAGCUGUCUUCGAGAACAAAGCAACAAGAAGCUUGUGGCUUCAGGGGAAGCUAACAGGAAGGGUUCGUGUGUUAUCUUGUUCAUCCCAAAUCUUACUCCCUUAAGACCUGGGCCUUGGGUAAAUUUUCCCAAACUCUUCUUAGCAAUGGUUCCAGUGCCAAGAGAGAAACACUCCAGCUCUACUCAGCCAGUGUAGAAAUGAAGAAACGAAUAGGCUUUUAUUAACCUUUGCCAGACUAAGAGACAGAAUUCAUCUGAUAGCCUCUUCCAGUUCCUAGGUCUGGCUCAGAGUCUUAAUGAAAACAGAGGUUGUCAUCAAGGUCAGGAGGUGGGAGCAACUGGUAGAACUCUGGUAAAAAUGAAGCAAUAGUUCAAUGGGUAUAACUUCUGGGAAGCUAGAUUUACCUCCUGCAAGAAAAUUGAGUGGGCAGUGGCUAGGUGGUCCAGAAGCCUAGGGCCUCUUAGAAUCACCAGGGCUACAAAAUCACAGAUUCAGGGUGUCAGACUUCAUCACACAUCUACCUUCAUGCUCAUAAAGUCUCUGGGCAGAGGACUGGGUAUCUGGUGUGAGUGAGCAACUAAUAAAUAGGUGGGCAUUAAACACAAAGCUUGGCAUCCAUCCAUGAUGGAGAGGGGCUCAGAGCUAUACUCGUAAGGGCCUUGUAAGGACUGUGGAUAGGUAAGGAAUAGAAAAAAAAUUCUAUAGAGGGAGUUAUCGGGAUUGGUGAAGCACAUACCUGCCUAAGAAUUAGGAGGACAAAUAUUUCAACAAUAGUAUGACAAGAAAGUCCUGGAAAAUUCUUUUCAUCAUACCCACUCCACCCAAGAUAUGUGGGACUGCUGAGAGCCUGUGGCAUGUCAAAAAAAUGCAGAUCUUGUCAUGUAGGAAUUGUGCUGUAGGUGGACUGAAACAGCAAGUCGAGAGUUGAUUCUCCUUAAUGGGGCCACUGACACGUUGUGGGCCUAUGUUUACCUAAAUGGCCUGAUGGUGAGUAUGUUGCCUGAGGAUCCAGUGACAGUCACUUUCGCAAGUUUGGGCAGUUUGCCUGUAGAGAGGUGAAUAGAUCCUUGGGUACUGUGAAUCCAAAUCAGGGUGGGAUUUACUGAGAUGUGUUGUUUGUUUUUAGGGAUCUGUCAUGUCUCCUAGAGGUACUGUGUGUGAUGCUAUAUCGUUUCUGGCCCUGUACUGCAAGGGCGAGGAAGGGAGUUGCUGGGGAGGCGUACUAAGGAAAACCUCUGACUUGUGAGAUGAACAUCUGUGAUAAGGAAUGUGAGCACCUGGUGGGGCUGUGUCACAUCACAUCAUGGAAUCAUGAGAAGUGAGACACCUAUUCUCAACACAUUGUGACAGAGUGCCCCAAAGCCAUUAAGAGGCUCUCUCUCCUUGUAGCGAGAGCAGAGUGGAGUCAUGUUGACUGGAAACAUUUCAGGGAAGGCUGACUGGCUCAAAGCCCUCAGGUUGUUUAUUAUAUAGUUUCUGAAGAAGGCUCCCAUGUAGGAGGUUAUGUGCCCUUCCCUCCAGAAUGGAAAUGCUGACAUCAAGACUCUCACAUGCCCAUUUCUUUCAAGGUUCAAAGUAUGGGGAUAUUCCUCGGGAUAGGAAUCUGUUUGACUUCCCUAUCUCUGAGGCUAGGCAGAUGCCAGUCCUGGGAGGUGUAUUUCCUCUACAUCCUUAACACAUUCUCAACGGUGGAUUAAUGGCUUUUGAGACCAUUUGAGGCCAACAAGCUUGUGAAAGUUCUCUUGACAUAGGGGACAGCAGUAGCUACUUUCAGUCCUGGGAGAGAAACUGGGUAUCCUGCCCAAGAGCUGGGGGAACUUAACUGCUCAGCUGGACCUUCCUGCCAAAAUCUGGUAACAAAGGAAUAUUUCAACUCCUUCUUGCUCGUUUAACAUCAAUGGUUAGGGGUGAGGGAAAGGCUUAAGGUCAGCAUGCAGGUCCCACCCUCUCACCCUCUCACAAAGUGUGAGGGACCUGCUGAAUAAAUGCCCUUGCUGUCCCCAGGGCAGCACUCAGGCCAUACUAAAACCUGCUAUGCUGCUUGCUAGCUGCAAGAACUGGUCAUGAGGAUGGGAGCUGGGGAAGGAAUGAGGGAGGUGGCAAGAGUUGCACACAAGUCUAGAAGACUUUGGGAGGGGCAGGGCUGGAAAUGACUUGGUUAACUUUGAUUGCCACUCACUGUGGUGCUUUUCCCCUUUCCCUUGACUUCUGCUUUGAAAAGAAUAAAUUUGUAUUUGUUUAUUUUGGUUCCUCUGGUGAUAUUCCACAGCCUUCCUGGAUUUGGAUGUGGGAAGCGACUAGGCAAAGAAGCCACAGGAUCACUACAGAACAUAGGUAACCACCAGAGUAAUCCAAUCCCUCCAGACAUAACACACCCCUACCAAGCACCUUCACCACGGUUAGUUGGAGUGAUUUCCUCUGAAGACCUACCAGACAAACUAAGUGAGCUAGUUAUCUGCUCACAGCAUGAGCUUACUCCAGCAAUAGUUCUGAAAUUGCCUCAUCAAUGUAAAGAAUUUUUCACCAGCUGCAAGCAUUGUCCUGAGAAAAGUCAGGAAAAUUAAGCGGGUUUCCACAAAUUCAGUUUAAACUCUUAUUCAAGUUAAACAUAUACACAUGUAUGUACAAAAUUUAAAAACUAUUAUGAGCAAUUCACAGGGAUAUUUUCUUUUUGUUCGAGCGGGCACCAGUAACAUCUCCAUUGUGAUUUUAUAACCCUCUAUAUACUUAGUGAAGUGGUAAAAUAUCCCUGUGAAGUGGUGAUGACAGUGUUUUUUUUUAAUGUCAUUUUCUGGCGAAAUACAACCCUGUUGGCUCCUCUUCCCCUUUACCGAUUUUUCUUUUCUCACCAAACUGUAAUCACACUGUCCAGUAGAAAUAUGGAUGAAAAUCACAUUUGUAAUUUAAAUUACUCUGGUCACCAUAUUAGAAAUAAAAAUUAAUAGCCAGGGCCCGGGGGUAGCUCGGUGGCUUAGAAGACCUGCCUUGUAAGUGUGAGGUUAUAAGUUGAUACUCCAGUGAUGCUGUAGAGGUGGAGUCAGUCAAGAUAUCUGUGCUGCUUAUAUCCGGCCACUCUGUUGUCUCUUGUUCCUGGAACUGCAUGAAAUUUCCAGAUACACUUCUGUAGCCAAGAGUACAAGACCAUUGCAACUAAAAAUAAAAAUAAAAAGACAUGUCAGUACCAUGGUCAGGAAGUGCAACCCCUUGUGAGUUCACAUGUGAGUGCUGCACCCAUCCCUCGUGAGCACUAUCAGAAUGUGUACAAGCACAACUGAAAGGAAUAUGACUCCUAGCAAGCAAUAUGACUAAAUGAAAGAACAGCACAGCCAGGUGUGUGCAUGAUCCCUGCCAUGGCAAUGAACAGCAUAAAACUAGGGAGAGAUGGGUAUCAAUUCAGAGGCCAGAAAGAUAAUACAAUGGGUAGGUUCUUGCUUCGCAUGCAAUCAAACUAGGGUCAAUCCCUGGCAUCUCAUAUAGUCCUUCACUCACCCAGGAGUGAUCCCUGAGCACAGAGCCAGGAAUAUGUCCUGAACGCUGCUGGGUGUGGCCCAUAAGUCAAUAUAUAUAACAUGUGUAUAUAUAUAUAUAUA